AUGUUCAAUCCGAAAAUUGGAGGUAGUCAUGUGUUACUGAUGGGUAAAAUAGCUGAUGAACUUGCUGAAAAAGGCCAUGAAGUUGUAAGUUUAGAUUGUAUAUGUUGUUUUGGCGUUUUCUUUUAUUUUCUUUGUUUUUCAGAGAUUUACUUAUCUUAUAGUAGACGUUAGUGGUGGUGUAAGGAAAAAGGCUGUGACUUGAUUUCUGACAGAUGGGUUUAGCUGAAAUUUUGCAGGCAUUGGGCUACGACUAUAUGCAUUAUGCAUGGAAUGUGUCGUUUUUAUACUUUUUCUAUUAUAAAAGUUAUGUUUGAAUUUCUUGCGAUAUUAUUGUAUCAUUGCUGGUGCCAAAUCUGUUUUGUCGAUUUUAGGGACAUUUUGAGUUAAUUUAGAUAAAAAUUAUGUGAAUGCGAAUUCACUUUAUUUUUUUGACUGUAUUACAAUGUUGUUUCAGGUAGUAGUACAGUUAAUUCUUAACGAAAACAUUACUUUUUCCGGCCAUUCGAACAGUAAUGUGAAGCUUAUUGAAGUUCCAGUGACUCCAACAAUGGUACAGUUUUAUAACAAUAUGAACAGUGUUUGGACAAAGGUUUAUUCAUCUGAUGUGAGUUGUUAUUUUUGUCUUCUAUCACCUUUUUUGAGGUAAAAUUUUGGUUUUGAGCCUAGUAUAAUAUGUAAAAGUGGCUUUGUUAUGACAUUUUUUCAUUACAAGUAAAGGAGUGGUCAAAGUAAUGGCGUUUUAAAACUCUUGUUGAACAUAUUUAUCAUUUUAGCAUCUCUCAAAAGUAGGAAAAGUAUUCCGAGAUUCUUGCAAAGACUUGUACAACAACGAUGAUGUUAUCCAUGACCUAAAGAAUCAAAAGUUUGACCUAGCGAUUGCCGAAUGGAUUAAUGUGUGUGGUCUAGGAUUGUUUAAAUAUAUUGGAAUACUGAAAUGGAUAACGGUGUUUGGGACAGCCAUAAACCCUCAAUUUCUGUCAACUUUUGGCUUGCCGGCUUCGAGUUUUAUUCCAGGCUUAUUCGAAGGCGACACUGGAAGAUUACUCAGUUCUAGGCUUAAAAGAGCUGCCAACUUCUUGUAUGAUGAACAUGUUGUGUAUAAAGGGUUGGCAGGAACGACUUCAGAAGCAUAUAGGAUUUUUGAUGAAAAGUUGGGGUAUAAGGUGGGUUUUUGUGAUGUUGUAGUAUAUUUAGGGGAGUUGAACGUGAUCUAUUGUUUUUUAUCAUAAUUUUUUUAAAAAAAUAGUUGAAAUUUUGGAUCGCUAUAGAGUAGAUAUUUUGGUAGCUAGAAAAACAUUUUAAAUUUUAUUUUUUACUUUCAAGGUUACCGUACUUUUAUUGUAAUAUUGUUUUGAGUAUUUUUUACUUAAAAAUAGUUAAAAAGAAACGAAAUGAAGUUGUAUGUUGUAGAAAGCUUCAAUCGUUAUUGAUGUUAUAAGCUAAAAAAUAGUUUUAAAUACGAAAAGCAAGGUACAUUGCUUUAUAAGUCUGUUAUCAAUCGCGAUUUGCUGGUUUUGUCGCGUAUAGUUUAUAGUUUGAAGAAAAUGCAAUGCUUCUUCAUUAAAUUUUUUUGUAAAUUUGUGCGUGUCAACUUGUAAGGUUCAACAGACUAACGUGUCUUUGAUUUCGGCCUAAAUUUUGUAUUUUUCUUCACAUUUUGACUGUAACAUUGGUUUUUAAAUUGAAAAUCGAUUUUUACAGGGGAAAACUAAAAGUUAACCUUGUUUUUGUUGUUAACAACGAAAAUUUAGCGAAGUUUUUAACAACAAGCUUCUUAGUUAAAAACAACCAUGAACUACAAUUUUUUGAUUUUAUUGUUUUUCUGUUUUGUUGGCCAUGGAUUUGGAUUCAAUAUUCUUGUUAACAAUCCACAAUUUGGAGGAAGUCAUUCGUUGUUCAUGAACAAGUUGGCAUUGAUUUUAGCUGAUCAAGGGCAUAACAUUGUAGGUUUUAGGCUAUAAUCAUGGCAAUGGGCUUGCCCCUACUUUAUCCUACCCUACCUUACCCUGUUCUAGAAAAAAAGUUGUGGGUACUAAUUCUCUGUUGAUUUUUGGAUCAAAAAUGUGUCCCCCCCCCCUCCCCACCUCCUCUUUCUUAGUUUUGCUCCCUCACUCUUCUCUCUCUUUUUAGUCAAAAACAGCCCUUCAAGCACUGACCAUAGCGCUUUAUUUGAGAUAUUAAGAAAGUAAGGAAUUUAAUUUUUAAAGGUGAUGAUACAAUCCCUACUCGAUGAAAACCCUGAUGCCCCGAUAUCACAUAAGAAUAUUGAAAUUGUCAAAGCUGAAGUGUCGGUUUCUAUGAUGUCGGCAAUAAAACACAACAUUGGCGAUGUUUGGACCAAAAAGAAGGAUUCUACGGUAGGUUUCUUAUUUUUUAGUUUGGAUUUUUAUCAAGGGAGAUGAUCCUUUAACUAUUCCUCUGGUGUUAGAACAACACCUAUAUAGGGUAAACGAGCAUUCAGAGAAAAACACUUUCUAAUCAAAUUCAGCAUCAAUUUUCAAAUUUUCAGGACUUUGCCCGUACUGGAAGAGUAUUCCACGCCGCUUGCGUAGACCUCUACAACAACAAAACCCUGAUGACAACUUUGAAAUCAAAAAACUUUGACCUAGGCCUAACAGAAUGGAUCGACUCUUGUGGCUACGGCUUCUUCAAGCAUUUAGGAAUCGAAAGAUAUAUCUCAGCUUCUGGACCAACAUUGCCAGCUGAACUGAUGGGAACGUUGGGAGUACCAUCAGCUAUCAGUUUUGUGCCUGGAAUUUUGAGUGGACAAGCUGAAAGGUCGUUCUGGGGUCGUGCGAAGGAUAUUUUUGGAUAUUUGAUGGUAGAUUGGGUUGUAAUCCCUUCUCUGCAGGACAAGCCGGCCGAAGCUUAUCAAGUUUUUGGAGGAAGCUGGAGUUUUAGGGUAAGUUACAAUUGUUCAAGGAAAGGAUAG